AUGUCUGUCUCAGCACCUCCGGCGAUCUCUACAACUUCCAGCGGCGCAGGCGUCCGGGGGGAUUUAUUUCGGGCAGAACCCCUGUACUCGACUCCAGGAGAGCCCCCUUGUCUCACUCCCAGUAUGAUCAACAGUUUCUUGGUCAGUAAUCACAGCGGCAACGCGGGGAGUGGCGUGGUUGGUAGUGGCAGCAGCAACAGCGUAAACACCACCGCUAAUGAAUGCCGAAUGGUCGACAUGCAUGGGGUGAAGGUGGCUUCGUUUCUGAUGGACGGCCAGGAGCUGAUCUGCCUGCCUCAAGUCUUUGAUCUGUUCCUUAAGCACCUAGUGGGAGGGCUGCACACCGUGUACACCAAGUUGAAGAGACUGGACAUAACCCCUGUGGUGUGUACUGUAGAGCAGGUUCGGAUCCUCCGCGGACUGGGGGCCAUCCAGCCAGGGGUGAACCGCUGCAAACUUAUCACCAGGAAAGACUUCGAAACUUUGUUCACUGAUUGCACCAAUGCCAGAAGGAAGAGGCAAAUGACAAGAAAACAAGCUGUUAACAGUUCAAGGACUGGAAGGCCCCCUAAACGCACUUUGGGAGUGUUUCAAGAAAACGCCUGUCUCCUGCCCCGUGCAGUCCCAGGCCUCUUAUCACCAGGACUUAUCACUCCAACAGGUAUUACAACUGCUGCAAUGGCUGAGGCAAUGAAGUUUCAGAAGAUGAAACUCAUGGCUAUGAACACUCUUCAGGGAAAUGAAAUGGAAUCAGAAACUGACGAUCUUAAUUCUAAUACAGGUGGCAGUUACUCCUCCUGGGAUAAGGAUAAAAUGCAGUCUCCUCUUGAUUCUCCUGCACCCCAACAUGGAAUUAUUCAUGCAACUCUGGCUGGUCAGUCAGGCAUUGGGGGUGCUCCUACCCUCAAUCCAGUGCAACAGAACCACCUGUUGACCAAUAGACUGGAUCUGCCAUUUGUGAUGAUGCCUCAUCCCCUUUUUCCAGUCAGCUUACCUCCUGCAUCAGUUGCCAUGGCAAUGAAUCAGAUGAACCAUCUCAAUACUAUUGCCAAUAUGGCUACUGCAGCCCAAAUUCACAUUCCACUCUCCAGAACUGGGGCCACUGUUAUAAAGGAGCGAAUCCCAGAGCGUCCUUCUCCUGCUUCUUCUCUGGAAGAGAGUCAUCACCCUGGGAGUCAGACUUCCUCUCACCCAAGCAGCAGUGUGUCCAGCUCCCCAUCUCAGAUGGAGCAGUAUUCUGAGAGAAUGGAAGAGGUGCCAGUUCAAAUUCCAAUGGUGAAGCCACCCUUGGGCAAGAUCCAAUUGACUCCUGGGCAAGCAUUGCCUCCAGGGUUCCCUGGACCAUUCAUUUUUGCUGAUAGUCUGUCCUCCGUGGAGACACUGUUGACCAACAUUCAGGGUCUGCUGAAAGUGGCUUUGGAUAAUGCUCGCCUCCAGGAGAAGCAGACUCUGCAGGAAAAGAAAGAAUUGCGAAUUGAGCUCUAUAGAGAGAGAGAAAUUAGAGAAAAUCUUGAAAGACAGCUUGCAGUUGAGCUUCAAAGCAGGAGUGCCAUGCAAAAACGCCUGAAGAAGGAGAAAAAAGCCAAGAGAAAAUUGCAGGAAGCCUUAGAAUUUGAGUCACAGCGCCGAGAGCAAGUGGAGCAGACACUUAAGCAAGCCACUAUUACUGACAGUGGCCUGAGGAUGUUGAAAGAUACUGGAAUUCCAGAUAUUGAAAUAGAAAACAAUGGAAUACCUCAUGAUAAUACUGCUAUAAAAGGAGGUAACUAUUACUGUUUAGCAAUGGCACAACAAUUUUAUUCGGCCUGAAAUGUCUUCGCUGACUUUACAUAAAUGAAGAUGUUUGUGAUUCCAGUUUAUCUCUGACACUGUUCAACAUGGAGUUAUUUCACUUGUGUUUAUUAGCAAACUUUUGUUUACUGAAACAGUUAUUCAAUCUAUAAUAUUGCAUAAACAAAAAGACAUGUGUACAUUUAAAAAAAAGGAUAUAAACUGUCCUUGCAAUAGAUUGACCAGUUUAAGAAAAUGAGCUAACUCUUAAUGACUAAAAUAACUUUAUCAUUACAGAUGAUUUUCUAUGUUCAUUUCAGCUUUUUUUUUUUUUUUUUGCCUUUAAAGAAAAAAAAAUGCAGUAGUUAGUAUGUUAGAGAUUAGAAACUUAUCUGUGUAUUUUUUUUCUGUUUUGUCAUAUAUAAAGUUAAACUACACCUUCUUUUUAAAAAUGUACUUGCUAAACUUCAGUAUAAAUAAAAGCAUUGACUUUG